CUUGGGUGGAAUUUAAGUGGAUAUUCCACGGUGAUUUCGGGGCAUUCACAAAGUGGGUGAGAAUGUAAAUACUCGAAAGUUCUUCAUCUUGUAAUGACGGAUACGUAACCAAACGCUGCAUUUACUUGAUAUUUAAGUACUGAAACUAAGAAACCGUGCGAAGAAGAGAGAGGUGUAUGCAAAAUAUAGCCAUGUUUUCGAAGCUUGGAAUAUUGUUGUCUCUGCUGGUAGGCUUCGUAGCUUCAGAAGAUAUCAGCUUCACCUUCAAUGGAUUUAGAUCGGCGAAUCUAAGCCUAGACGGCAUAGCCGAAAUCACUGCUAAUGGCCUUUUGAAGCUCACCAAUGACACCAAACAGCAGAAGGGUCAUGCUUUCUAUCCCAAUCCAAUAAGCUUCAAGAAUUCCUUAAAUGGUAACUCUUCUUCCUUCUCUACGACUUUUGUGUUCUCUAUCAUUUCCCAAUAUCCCACUUUGAGCGGUCAUGGGAUUUCAUUCGUGAUUGCUCCAACUAAAGGGAUCCCAGGAGCACUUCCAAGCCAGUACCUUGGCCUUUUCAAUGAGACCAACAAUGGUAAUUCCACCAAUCAUGUGGUUGCCAUAGAACUCGAUACAAUCCAGAGCAACGAGUUUGCCGACAUAAACGACAAUCAUGCUGGGAUUGAUAUAAAUGGGUUGAAGUCCGAAGAAUCUGCUCCUGCAGGAUACUUUGCUGAUAAUAAUGGUGGGUUUAAGAACAUGAGCCUUAUUAGCGGCCACCAAAUUCAAGUUUGGGUGGAUUAUGAUGGUGUGGAGAGGCAAAUCAAUGUCACUUUAGCUCCUAUCAGUGUCGAUAAACCCAAAAUCCCGCUGUUGUCUUUGUCUCGUGAUCUUUCACCUAUCAUUAACGACAAUAUGUAUGUUGGCUUCACUUCCUCGACUGGCUCUGUUCUAUCAAACCAUUAUGUUUUGGGUUGGAGUUUUAAGAUGAAUGGCCAGGCUCCAGCACUUGUCCUCUCUCAACUUCCCAAGCUGCCUCGGAUUGGAGGUAAAAAGAGAUCUAAACUUCUGACAAUUGGGUUACCUAUGAUGAUUGUUAGUUUAGUCUCGGUGGCAAUUUCAGCUGCAGUUUUUGUUGUAAAAAGGAAGAGGAAGUUUGCAGAAUUGGUAGAAGACUGGGAGCUUGACUAUGGGCCUCACAGAUUCAAAUACAAAGAUCUUUAUAUUGCCACAAAAGGAUUCAAGGAUAAAGAACUAUUGGGCGUUGGUGGAUUUGGUAGGGUUUAUAGAGGUGUAUUACCUACCUCUAAAAUUGAGAUUGCAGUGAAGAAAAUCUCCCAUGAAUCAAGACAGGGAAUGAGAGAAUUUGUUGCAGAAAUUGUAAGUAUAGGUCGACUUCGCCACAGGAAUUUAGUUUCACUCUUGGGCUAUUGCCGGCGCAAGGGAGAGCUGCUUUUGGUGUAUGACUACAUGCCCAAUAGAAGCCUAGACAAAUACCUAUUCGAUCAACCCAAGAUCACACUCAAUUGGGACCAGAGAUUUCGAGUAAUUAAAGGCGUGGCAUCGGGUCUGCUAUAUCUACACGAAGAAUGGGAGCAAGUUGUAGUGCAUAGAGAUGUCAAGGCCAGCAAUGUCUUGCUAGAUGGUGCAAUGAAUAGUAGAUUAGGAGACUUUGGUCUUGCAAGAUUGUAUGAUCACGGAACUGAUCCUCAAACUACCCAUGUGGUAGGAACUCUUGGGUAUCUUGCCCCAGAGCAUACUCGAAACGGCAAGGCCACAACAAGCACAGAUGUGUUUGCUUUUGGGGCCUUUUUGCUUGAGGUUGCUUGUGGAAGAAGACCAAUAGAGAAAGGAGCCGAGGAUGCCGUUUUGGUCGAUUGGGUUUUUUCUUUUUGGAAUCGAGGGGAAAUUCUUGAGGCAAGGGAUCCAAAUCUAGGUGCAGAUUAUGUGGUAAAGGAACUGGAGUUGGUAUUGAAACUUGGGUUGCUAUGUUCUCAUUCAGAGCCUGCAGCUAGGCCAAGCAUGCGCCAAGUUGUGCAAUACUUGGAGGGUGAUAUUCCUCUUCCUGAGUUGUCAUCGCUUGGUCUAUGUGCCAGCGGCUUGAUAUUUGCGCACAACUUAGGUUUCACUGAUCUCGCUAUGUCCUAUCCGUCUUCUAUGAGCAAGGCGUUUACGCAUCCCUCUUCUGUUGCAGACUCGCUUCUCUCGGGGGGUCGCUGAUUCAAAGUCACUCUUGUUUUGGGUAUGUGAGCAGUCGCAACUUUUUGAAAUCUGUUGUAAAUCGUUGUCGUGAAAAACGAAUACCGAGUUAAAUAUCAACACAGUUCCUGUUGUUUAUCUUUGGAC